AUGUCAAGGAAAUUUUUACAUCUGGCAUUAGCUUAUAUUUUUGCAUAUUUAGGGACUGUAACUGUUUUCUGUGAUGAUAUACCAGCUGACUUUUACUAUGAAAAGAGAUCAGAAAUAACACUUUCUCAAGGUACUGUUAACUACCAAUUACACGAAAAUUCUACAGAUGGUAUAGUCACAGUUUGUCUGCAUUGUUAUAUUGGUACUUUAUCUGACUGUUCAUAUAUUUCUAAGUAUCUUAGCAGUGAGGGAUUUAGAGCACUUAGAUUUGACUUUUAUGGCCAUGGAUUGAGUAAUUAUAAAGGGUUUGGUUAUUAUACUGAAUAUGAUUAUGUUGAACAGAUCGUGGAAAUAUUACAAAGACUUGGUUUAGCAGAUAUUAAGAAUAACCCAAAUGAUAAAAUAAAUCUUAUUGGUACAUCUCUUGGUGCUUUGAUAGCAAUGAAUUUUGCAAUAAUGUACCCAGAAAAUGUGAAGACCCUUAUAUUAGAUGCUCCUCCUGGUUUGAGAACAAAAGUUUUUGCCCCAUAUUUGCGUUAUAAAAUUGUGAAUUAUCCACUGCAAUUAAUAGCUAAUAUAUUUAAACCUAAAUGGGCUGCAUAUCAAUUUUUAAAUCCACCAACAGAGAACUAUAUUAGUCCCAAACUUGAUUUUCGUGCAACAUAUUAUGGUCGCCAAAUUAUUCUUACAUCUCUCCAAGUACUACUUGGUAUAGAUUUAUGGUAUAAUGUUGAGUUAUUUGAAAAGUUAGGACAAACUGAUAUAGAUGUACUUUUCUUUUGGGGAACUGAAGAUCGUUUAUGUCCAUUAUCUGAUGCUAUUGUAACUUUAAACAAAUACUUAGCAGAUUCAAAGAUUUUAUUAUAUGAGAAUUGUAAGCAUAGAUGUAUGAAAUACUGCAAAGUGAAGUUUGCUAAUGAUGUAUUAUCUUAUCUGAAGGAUUUGGACUUAGAAUUUUACACUAUAAAUCAAUUAAUGACUAAUUUCGCAAAUACAGGGUCAUUAAGAAUAAAUAAGUCAAACAUACGAGGAAUUUUAGAAUCAUCAAAGCAAGAUGAUUGUAAUGAACCUGAAAAUUUCGUGCAACUUUUGUCAGAAGAUUAUUCAACAUCAGGAGAUUCAGAGAAUAAGAGUAUAAAAGAAGAAUCAGUAAUUUCAAGUAAUUCGAAUAAUGUAACCGAGUUAACAUGCAAAUUAAUAGAUGAGGAUAAUAGAAGUAAUCAGAAGAAUUCAUUUGGCAAGAUCUAA